CUCACGCAACACAACCUCAAACAUCGUACACCCUUUCACAAAAACAAAACGAACCUCAACUUAAAAAUGGCUUCCCCGCUAUCUAGUCCCUCUCCCCCAGAUCCAACAAAUGCCAUUCCCGACACCGCGCAAGAACCCGACCUGCCACUAACCAUGGCGUGCUCGAUGAUCCUCACACACCUACCCCGCGAUGCAGCCAGCGCCCUGUCGAACGCAGGCGACUUCCCCAAACCCAAAGUCACCGUACAAUUCCGUCCUAUAGGGAGUGCGCCGAUACUGCAGAAGCCCGUGGUGACGAUUACGAGUACGCAGCGCUUUGAGACGGUGGUUUCGUGGCUGCGGAAGAAGCUGCGGGUGGGCGAGGGGGAUAGCGUGUUUUUGUAUGUGAACUCGAGUUUUGCGCCGGCGUUGGAUGAGAUUGUGGGGAAUUUACAUAGAGUGAGUUGGUUCUUCUAUCUUCUCUGGAUUUGGUGGGAUGGGGGUUUGCGGGACGAGGCUGACGAUUGUUGAACAGUGUUUUAAGGAUUCCAAGGACCAGCUUGUUAUAGCCUAUUCCAUGACACCUGCAUUUGGAUGAAGAAACGAAAACCACUUCCGAUUUGAAUUUGACUAUGCAUUAUGCUCUCUAUGUACGACGGGUGCCACCCUUUCUAAAUGAUAUCCUGCGACGGGAAUCUAAACAAACGCCUCCAAAUAUAUGAAGCAAAAAACCCCCGGCCUCUACGAUAUCACCAAAAGGAAAUUUCCAAAAUUAGAAUCAAUUUCGAUAUGCGUCCAAAGUUUUCUCGAAUUCCUCGAGCUCGGCCUUAGGUAUGGGAUAGGUGUGUUCGGGGGCAGGAUAGGCACGACUUUUGGUCUCGUCUCUGUACGCUUCGAUUGCUUUCAUACUCUCACUCCAUACAUCUCCAUAUUUCUUGACAAAUUUGGGAAGGAAUCGGCCUGGCGGAAAGUUCCCAGUCAUAUCUACCUGGACUAGAACUUGUCCAGAGCAGCCGUUUCCAGCGCCAAUGCCAAUGGUGGGAAUGGAGAGUUUCUUUGUGAUGAGGGCUCCAACUUCGGCGGGAACUGCUUCUAGGACGGUCGCAAAACACCCUGCUUCUUGUACCGCAAGUGCAUCUUCGAGAACUUUCAUGGCAGUGGCAGAAGUUUUGCCUUGCACACGGAAACCUCCGAGGGCGUUUUGACGUUGGGGUGUUAGACCAAUGUGACCCAGGACGGGUAUUCCGGCACUUGUGAUCUUUUUAAUUGUUGGUGCCAUUUCGAUCCCGCCUUCGAGUUUAAUUCCAUGAACACGGCCAUCUUUGACAAAUUUGAUGGCUGUUUCCAGUGCUUGUUCAGGGGAUAUCUCAUAUGAUCCCAUAGGCAUAUCGCCAAUCUGAAAAUGUUAGCGGGGUAAUUUGGUGUAUGGAGGGGUAAUUUACAAGAAGGGAGGUUUUCGCAGCACGAGAGACAGAACGACAAUGUAACAACAUUUCCUCUAAGAUGACUUCACUUGUGUCUUCCAUUCCCAUUGCUACCAUAGCCAGACUAUCCCCAACCAAAACUAUUUCCAUGCCGGCCGCAUCAGCGACAUGUCCACUGGGAAAAUCAUGGGCAGUCAGGACAGUAAUUGGUUCUCCUUUUUUAUACAACGCACGGAGGGUAUUGAGAGUAACUUUCUUUCGAAGGUUUCCGCCCGCGGAACCCAUGGGAGAAUGGGAGCUAUUUCUGACAUGCCAUUGCGAUAGCAAGGGAGCGAAAGGAGUGCAAGAAGCCGGUCGUGUAUAUUGUUUAAAGAGCGCACGAGACCCUUUCACAAUGGAUAUCGAUCGCGACAUGAUGGGAGUUAGCGCGAGUGGGUUGGAUUGAUGAAAUCACGAUGAUUCGGAUGAAUCUUGUAAGAAGGAAGCAGAGCAAACGCCAUUGUUUGAGCUGACAAUUGAUUUUGUUAACAGUUGUCGUGAU